AUGAUUGAAGUAAUCAAAUGGGGUUUCGUUGAGUUUUGCUCUUCUGCUCAAAAUCUCCCAACACUUCUAUUCGUGCAGGUAGCGGAUGCUAUGUCGAUGAAUAUCGAGGAAACAAGCACCACCAAGAUCUGUCAUUUCGCCGGCGAACGCCCAUUUUCCAAGAACGUGGAUGUAAUAUCCAUGGAUUGGCUUACCUGGAUAAAUUAG